AAUGUGCUCAAAACAAUCGAUCGUUGCCGGUACUAUUUGCUGCUUUCGCUAUGCACUUUUGUUAGGGAAAAAUGGUAUUUAUUCAAAAUUAUUUGUUGAAAUCUGUUAAGAAGCCAAUUCGCAACUAUCUUCGGAGUCGGUUUUUGGACACAUUGCGUCUCACUACAAAAGGUGGCCACGGUGGUAAUGGAUUGCCCAAGUACGGUGGUGUCGGUGGCCAGGGUGGUGCUGUUUACUUUGUCGCAAAGGAAGGAAAAUCGUUACGAGACGUUGUAACGAAGUAUCCGAACAAACGAGUCGUCGCUGGAAAUGGAGAGGAAAGUUCCAAGGCUAGAAUUCUCGGUCGUAGAGGAAUGGACCAGAAGGUGGAGGUACCGGUGGGAAUACGCGUUUUAGACCAGGAGACCGGUAUCAUUUCCGAGCUGGAUGAGGAAGGUAAAUCUUUUCUGGCUGCUGGGGGCGGUAGUGGUGGUUGUUCCGGAAAUUCAUUCCUCGGCAAACCCGGUCAGCUACGUACGGUCACACUGGACCUAAAGCUGAUUGCAGACGUUGGAUUGGUUGGUUUUCCUAAUGCAGGCAAAAGCACGCUUGUGAAAGCUAUCUCUAAUGCUUCACCAAAAAUUGCAUCCUAUCCAUUCACAACCAUUCGACCCCAAAUAGCAACGAUUGAAUACAAAGACUAUCGACAAAUAACGAUAGCCGAUCUGCCCGGGUUGAUUGAGGGAGCGCAUGCAAACUUCGGCAUGGGACAUAAGUUUCUGAAACACGUCGAACGUACCCGACUGUUGCUGAUCAUUGUGGACGUGUUUGGGUUUCAGCUAAGCCAACAGCACCGAAAACGAAACUGUCUCGAGACGGUAUACGCUCUUAAUAAAGAGCUGGAACUGUACGACAAAACGCUUCUCGAUAAACCCUGCGCACUGAUCAUAAACAAAAUGGACAAGGAAGGAGCGGUAGACGAAAUAUGUAAAUUUGAACAGUACUUCCAUUCGCUGGAGGAUGGUCUGAAAUUGUGCCCAGAAGAGUUGAUACCCACGAAGCUUCUUUCGAUUGACGCCGUUAUACCGAUUUCAGCCAAAAGCAUGAAGGAAAUCGAAAAGGUCAAGCAAGAAGUGCGAACAAUUCUCGAUAUGAAGGCCGAAGAAAUGGUGCAAGAAGAAUCAGCAGACAGAAGCGAACAGCUACAGCUAAAGUUAAAUGAACGAGGACCUAAAGUUGUAUAAAGGAUAGGAUAUUUAGUGGUGAAAUAUACAUCAACUUGUUUUA